UUACAGGGGAAGGUAGCUGACUGGGUACAUUAUUUUGGUAUUGUUUUGUUAUGAAAUAAAGAGGGUUUCUGGAGGGGAGUGGGGAGCCCCUGGAAUAUUGUUUGAGGUGACCUUACUGUUAGGUAGGAUGAGGUUCAAAGAGAGCAAGUCGUUCAUUUUAGUGCCACAGAGGUGCCAUUUGGAUUCCCAUGCACAAGAAUUCCUUGGGCUGUAUCAUCUGGACCAGGGGUUUUCAAACUCAUUACCCCCAUGAGACGGCAUCCUAAUGCUAGGCGAUGCUUUCCAGAUAGCUGAAGAACAAUGGGGAAGUUUGAAGAAGGUCCCUUUACCCCCUUCUCCUCAAAGGGGAAAGGCCUUUCUUUGGCAAGUCAUUGAACGCAACACUCUCUCUCUCCAUGGAUAAAGGGCACACGUUACCUCAAGACUUCUGGGAGCUGCUGCAUUGCCUGAGGAUGAGGAGCAAAUACGCCAUCCUCCUGGUCUUUGUGGUAGCCCUUGUCAUUAUUGAGAAGGAGAACAACAUCAUCUCAAGGGUGUCCGACAAACUAAAGCAGUCUCCGCAGUCCUUGAUGGAAGCCAACAGCACGGACUCCGGCUCGGUGCUGCCAGAGAAUGACUCCCUGCUGUCCUUAAGCGAGCUGGAUGCGGCUUUCUCCCAGCUCAGGAACCGCCUUCAGAAUGUCACUUUGCAGCUCGGGGGGACUUUGCCAGCGCCUGUUCAGGGAACCCGGAGACACAUUCUUCUCAUGGCCACCACCCGCACCGGCUCCUCCUUCGUGGGGGAAUUCUUCAACCAACAGGGCAACAUCUUCUACCUCUUCGAGCCGCUGUGGCACAUUGAAAGGACCGUGUCCUUCGAGACCGGAGGCGCCAACGCCGUGGGCUCAGCCCUUGUCUACCGGGACGUCUUGAAGCAGCUCUUCCUCUGCGACCUCUACAUCUUGGAGAACUUCAUCAUCCCGUUCCCGGAGGACCACCUGACCCAGUUCCUGUUCCGGCGUGGCUCCAGCCGCUCCCUGUGCGAGGAGCCCGUCUGCACGCCGUUCGUCAAGAAGGUCUUUGAGAAGUACCGCUGCAAGAACCGCCGCUGCGGCCCCCUCAACGUGACCCUGGCUACGGAGGCCUGCCGCCGGAAGGAGCACAUGGCGCUGAAGGUGGUGCGGAUCCGGCAGCUGGAGUACUUGCGCCCACUCGUUGAGGACCCUCGCUUGGACAUGAGGAUCAUUCAGCUGGUGAGGGACCCCCGGGCGGUGCUGGCUUCCCGCAUGGUCGCUUUCUCCGGGAAGUACGAGACGUGGAAGAAGUGGGCCACGGAAGGCGCGGCGACCCUCAACGAGGACGAGGUGCAGCGGCUGCGGGGGAAUUGCGAGAGCAUCCGGCUCUCGGCGGAGCUCGGCUUGAGGCAGCCAGCCUGGCUCCGCGGCCGCUACAUGCUGGUUCGCUACGAGGACAUUGCCAGGUCGCCCCUCCAGAAGGCCAAGGAGAUGUACCGAUUCUCGGGCGUCGCCAUCACCCCGCAGGUAGAGGAGUGGAUCCGCAAGAACACCCAGGCACCUCACAACAGCAAUGACAUCUACUCUACCCAGAAAAACUCCUCCGAGCAGUUCGAGAAGUGGCGCUUCAGCAUCCCUUUCAAGCUCGCCCAGGUGGUGCAGAACGUCUGCAGCCCGGCCAUGAAACUCUUCGGCUACAAGCUGGCCGGCAGCCCCGAGGCCCUUACGAACAGAUCGGUCAGCUUGCUGGAGGAGAGGAGGACCUUUUGGGUCACGUAAAGGCACCACUUUGCCGGU